AUGAGCAACAACGUGCGUGAAUUAGCAAAAUCAAUAACCAAUACUCUCAGAGACUCUGGUGAGAUGGUUUCCAACAACUUGGAAAAGGCACUAAUUGCUGCUUCAAGAAAUGAUGCAAACACCACUCUUCAAGUAAGAAUGGAAGAAUUAUUGCAUUCAUGGGAAACAAUACAAAAUGUCAGUGUUCGUUCUCUGAAAGACAUGUUGCUAUCAAUUGGAGUUACUGUAGGAACGGAUUGUUUCAAUAAUUCGUCACUUUCCUGUCGAAUUGUUAAGCAGAGAUCAUCAUUAUUGGCAAGCAGUAGGAGGGUGACGUCUAUUGAGCAAAUUCCAACAAUAAUUUCAAAUACUAUGAACGAGUCAAUUGUUGUCCAGACCGAUAAUGAUCUAAUAAUUAGCACCAACACUACUCCAAUAGCAACCAAUUCGAAUAGUUUGACAUCCACUCUGUUUAAUGAUGUUGUUCCUGUGUUAUUUAGUGUUAAACGAUUUGGAGAUAUUGUUGUAAGGUACAGGGAAGGACAGAUUUCAUUACUGAAUGCAAUUGUUAGAUCUGCACUUGUGGUGGGAAAAACUGUUGGCAAGUGGUAUGCUCCAACUCUUGGCAAUUGUCUUGGUUAUAUUGAUACUGCUGUUGAAAUAUGGGAUUCUCGGGAUCAGAUUAUGAAUUUGCUUAGACGCAUUGGUUUAUAA